AUGACCAAUCGAGUUCAAAGAGACAGAAAACAAGAAUGGUUAGAUUUUAAUUCGAAACAGGAAGCCAGAUAUGAGGCGAUGCGACAGUCAAGAUACAGUUCCAUAGUUUACAAGCAACACGAGGAACUACAAAGAAGAUUUGAGAAACAGGCGCAGAUGUUUGAGAGAACCAAAAAUUCUCUUCAAUCGGAAAUCAAGAAAAUUCGUAACAGAAGGGUGGAAUACCAGGAUAAGUUCACAGAGUUGAAAAAGAAACUAAACUAUUUUGGAGAAAGUUCUUCGAUUGCCGAAAGCCGAAUAUCGACAAAGCACCAUCGAAAUUCAUAUUUCCGUCAGUCACUGAGGGUUAAACAGUUUUUAAGUCAAUAUAAUAUCAAUAAUGAGACCAAUGGAAUUCAUAUAUAUGGUGAUCACUUUCCGGCUGAUAAAUUACUAUUUCUUCCGAAAAUCUGUCCCUCAGAUAAAAUUCAGAAGUCUAAAAAUUCAGAGAGUGGCAGAGAUCUUGGAACUACAGACACCAAUUAUGGAACAAAGUCACCAGCUGUAUAUUCACAAUCGGAUUCAAGCCACAUUAGUAACGAUACCGACCUAUUUAAAUUGGAAUGUAAAAGAAAUGUUGAACGAUACAAAUAUAGACCGUUAGAAAAAAACUCAAGAUAUUUAUUCAGUGUAAAUAUAAACGAUAGACCAGCGGUUUAUGGUAAAUACAUUAAAAGUGUUAAAACUUACAAAUAG